UUAAUUUUCGCACCUACAAAAACAAACACACACCAUGGUUGGUGGUGGUACCGGUACGGCGACUGUCGUUAGACUUCCGGCCAUCCUCUUCCUCAUAACCGUCGCUAUUUCCGUCUCCGUCGUUGCUUCCGCCGACUUACCUUCUUUAAAGGUUGCAGAGUUUGCUUCAAUUAAGUUAUCUCCGAGUUUUGUAUUAGAAAAGUCUCCAGGUUCAAGACCUGGAUCUCAAGUAGUUUGUGAGCGAGUGGAAAUUAAUGGCUUGUCGAGAUUUAGAAAUCUCACAAGUUAUUUCUCUUCAGUGAAAGUUAAGAUUCUAAAUGUAACUUCUACUGGUCGUCCUUCAAACAUUACGCUUUGUUUUCAUAGGAAUGCAUCACUUGGGUUGGGGAUGUGCCCUGUGGGUCAGUGGGAGAAACUUACUAAAGGGUCAUGGGUUAGAUCCAUGUCCCCGUUUGACCAUAAGCUUUUGGAUGUACGAAUAACGGGCUCUCCACUAGGAACUGUUGAGGUUGCAUUGAACGAAGAAUUUUAUAUGUAUCGGGUUAUCUUGUUGGUGCUGGGAAUGACACUGAUGACAUUUGCAUCCUCAUUGAGCAAUUCUUUAAUAGUAUACUAUGGUGGUGCAAUGACAUUAGGGAUUAUGCUUGUCGUGUUGGUGAUCCUCUUUCAGGGUAUGAGGAUCCUACCAAGUGGUCGAAAGAGUUCACUGGCAUUAUUUCUAUAUGGAUCCAUAGUUGGAGUUGGAUCCUUUUUGUUUAGCUAUAUCCCUACAUUGUUGCGUUCACUGCUUGUGGAAAUGGGAAUCAGCGAAGAUGUUUACAGUCCUGUGGCAGUAUUCCUACUAGCUUUUGUUGUUCUGUGUGGGGCGUGGUUAGGCUUCUGGGCUGUUCGUAAACUUGUUCUGACGGAAGAUGGAUCAAUCGAUACUGGGGUAGCUCAAUUUGUGUGUUGGUCUUUCCGAAUUGUGGCGUCGUGUAUGAUUCUCCAGAGUUCGGUGGAUCCUUUAUUGGCAGUUUUGGCAUUGGUCUGUGGAAUUCUCUCUUCAUCUGUGGUAAAGGGUUUUGUUAGUUAUGUACACAGGAUGUUAUUUAGAACAAAAAGGAGCAAGUGUAUUAAAUCCUACCUGCCAGAUUCUUCACCUGUUGAAGAUUCUUAUGAAGUUGAGUACAAAGCUCACAAGUUAUCAGACUCAAACACGUUCUACUCUAGCUUUCACAAAACACCUGCAAGAAAACGCUACACUAAGGAUGAAUGGGACGAGUUCACAAAAGAGUCCACCAAGAAAGCAUUAGAAGGUCUCGUUUACACUCCAGAUUUCAACAGAUGGGCUGUUGCUCAUGCUGAUAGAAUCACUUUACUUCCCAAGAAAGACGCUAAUUCAGGGAGAAAGAGCUGGUUCCGGUGGUCUUGAUUAAUUUAGGCUGUAAUGGCAACACUAACCAUUUUAUUGUAAAAAAAGAACCAUCAACGUUACAUUCUAGUAUGAUCUGAUUGUUUUGGGGAUGGCUGAUUGUAGUAACUUCUAACCAGUGUCUGUUCUGGUCUGACUGGAUAAAGGUCUGUAUUUCGAGCAUGGAAGACUCUCACUCUAGUGGCAUCUUGGUAUUGUUAUUGAUGCCAUUUAAGUUUCUUUUAUGCGAUUAAAAUGGUUCGACCUUGUA